CAGAAAAGAAAUAAAUGAUAAUUUAGAGGCAUAGAAAGAGAGAGACAGAGUUUCCUAGAGGGAGAGAGAGAGGUAGAAAUCAGGAGGCAAUUCCCUAUAAAUACCCAUUUGUUUCCUCUAGUUGAGCACACAGGAGGUUGCAUUGAGUUUGAAGAGUCUUUUUUGUAGCUGAGAAAAUGGGAGCUACUCUUAAAGCUUUUGUGAUCUUAUCGGUGAUGUUGUGGGGGAUAUGUGGGUGUUUUGGUCAUGGUGGGUACUUGUAUCCGCAGUUCUACGAUAAGUCGUGCCCGAAAGCACCGGAGAUUGUGAAAUCGGUUGUAGCAAAGGCAGUUGCCAGAGAAGCUAGGAUGGCUGCUUCAUUACUCAGGCUUCAUUUCCACGACUGCUUUGUCAAGGGUUGCGACGCUUCUCUCUUACUAGACAGCAGCGGGAGCAUCAUUAGCGAGAAGCGGUCGAAUGCUAACCGUAACUCAGCUCGUGGGUUCGAAGUGAUCGAUGAAAUCAAGUCAGCAUUAGAGAAAGAGUGCCCUCUGACUGUUUCUUGUGCUGAUAUUCUCGCCCUUGCAGCCCGUGACUCCACUGUUCUGGCUGGAGGGCCUCACUGGGAAGUUCCAUUGGGGAGGAGGGACUCAAGGGGUGCUAGCUUGAGUGGAUCAAACCGCAAUAUCCCUGCACCAAACUCCACCAUCCAAACACUCAUCACCAAAUUCAAGCUCCAGGGUCUCGACACAGUCGACUUGGUCGCACUCUCCGGAAGCCACACAAUUGGACAAUCUCGAUGCACUAGCUUCAGGCAAAGGCUCUACAACCAGACAGGAAAUGGCCGCCCAGACCUAACCCUCGACCAGGGCUAUGCUGCACAGCUUCGAACACGUUGCCCUCGAUCCGGUGGAGACAGCAACCUCUUCCCUCUUGACUUCGUGAGCCCUACAGUGUUCGACAAUUGGUACUUCAAGAACAUUGUUGCCUCCAAAGGGUUGCUCAAUUCUGACCAAGUGCUCUUCACCAGAAGUGAGAAAACAAUGGAGAUUGUGGAGUUGUAUGCUAAGAACAACCAACUUUUCAUCCAACAUUUUGCAAAUUCCAUGGUUAAGAUGGGGAACAUUAGCCCCCUCACUGGUUCAAGAGGAGAGGUAAGGAAGAACUGUAGAAGAAUCAACUCUUCUUAGAAGACAUCGCUCUCCGGUUUUAGUAUUUAUCUGUUUGUGGCGAAUAAAUGUUGCUUCAUUUUCGUUUGGUUUUUUUCAUGGUUGUUUUUGGUUCUUGUUGUUCGUGUUGUUCUUGUAAGCAUCACUGUUAUUGGGAAUUUGAAUUAUUGUAGCUUUCCAAUA